AUGGCAGGCUGGUUCUCUUCAACCUCGCCGCUCGAUGAGCAAAUCGAGCGGGCGACAGCUUCUUCCCUAGAAGACAUUGCCCUCAACCUGGAAAUAUCAGAUAUGGUUCGAUCAAAGAGCGUUCAGCCCAAGGAUGGAAUGAGGUCUUUGAAACGACGACUCGAGAAUAGGAAUCCCAACAUUCAACUGGCGACACUAAAGUUAACGGAUACGCGCCCCCUUAAUGCCGAGGUCCAGGGGAAAAUAUUGGAACUUAUUCAGAACUGGGCUAUGGCUGCACAGGGCCGUAUGGAUUUGGUGUAUUUGGGAGAGACAUAUCGCAAAUUGCAGAGUGAAGGAUACCGAUUUCCACCAAAGACAGAAAUGAGCGGCAGUAUGCUGGAAAGUAGCGCACCUCCAGAGUGGAUCGACUCUGAAGUCUGCAUGCGAUGCCGGACUGCCUUCAGUUUUAUGAAUCGCAAACAUCACUGCCGUAACUGUGGCAACGUUUUCGACGCUCAGUGUUCAAGCAAGACCAUUCCUUUACCGCAUCUGGGAAUUCUGCAGCCUGUCAGAGUAGAUGAUGGAUGUCAUGCCAAAUUGACCUCCAAGUCAUUUGCGCCACCGGGAAUUUCGGAUCGAUUCGCGUUCAAAAACAACUCCAUCAGCAAAUCUAACACAAUGGAACCUCGCGCUGGUAAAGCGGAUACAGGAUUCGAUGAGGAUUUGCGUCGAGCAUUGCAAAUGAGUCUCGAUGAAGCCGAGGGCAGAGGUCCUUCGGGGUUUGUACCGCAGACAGGCAACGCUCCAGAACCCGCUAAGCCUGCCCCAGGGCCGGAGAAUGGAGAUGAGGAAGAUGCGGAUCUCAAGGCUGCGAUUGAAGCAUCUCUGCGUGAUAUGGAACAGCACAAGCAAAACCAUGCAGCCGCAUUGAAGAACGUGCCCACUCAAAAUUCUAUCUUGCGCGAUUCCUCUAGCACGCCCACUCCAUUGCCUAAAAACCCAUACGAACUAACCCCCGUUGAAACCGAGAAUAUUCAUCUCUUCUCUACACUGGUUGAUCGGCUCCAGCAUCAGCCGCCGGGCACAAUUCUUAGAGAGCCUCAGAUCCAGGAGCUAUAUGAGAGUAUCGGUGCGCUUCGACCAAAGCUGGCUCGAAGCUAUGGAGAGACCAUGAGUAAACAUGAUACAUUAUUGGAUCUCCAUUCCAAGCUCUCUACGGUUGUACGUUAUUACGAUCGGAUGCUGGAAGAGCGUCUGACCAUUGCCUAUUCCCAACACACCCUUGGCCAUGGAGCUGUCCCUGGUGGAGCGCAGUAUCCAAAUCUUCAGCCAGCGUUCGCUACUCACGCUCCCGACGUCCAGAGUGGAGCCGAGAAUUUCUAUUACGGAACUCAAAUGGACAGCUCCCGCCCGCCUACUACCAUGUAUGCACCACAGCAGGUGAACGGCGAUGGGUUCCAAGGUCCACCCACCUACCCAUCACAAACUCAACACGGAGCCCCCACAAAUGAGUCUUACGGUCAACCUUGGGGUGGGAACACCUACCCGACCCUUGGAUCACCUUCACCUAGCAACGGCAUUCCAAAUAACUAUACCAAUGCUCCGGCACCAAGUGCCCCUGCUCAAUAUUACGCAGGACCACACGACCAAGACUCGGCCAAGUCACCUAGCGCAGAACCCCCAUACCAGCCGUCGCCCAUUAUGCGCCGGGACUCUCAGUAUCAGGCCAGUGCGCCUCCCAGCGGCCCUACCCCCGUGUCCGAGCAACACACAUCUGCCGGGUAUGUGCAAUCGCCGGGCUAUUCUGUGACGCCUACUGUGCCAGCACUUCAUCAGCAGGCAACGGGCCCUUCUCAGUCUUACUAUUACCCGUCACAGUCUCAGCCUCAACAGCCUCCUAAUGCCGUGCCACCUGCCUACCCUUCAAUCAACGCUGGACAACCAGGGUCAUAUGCACAGGAGACUCAGCAACCGCCUUAUCAGCAACCAGCACGGCCAGUGGAGGAAAACCUGAUUGAGCUAUAG